GAGUCGGGAAUUUGAGAUACAGUCUCGCGUCGGCACGGACUGCGGUCGACCGCCUCGCGUUCUGCCAUUGGGUUGUAUUUCGUCGGAGUCGAACGUUCGCUAACUUUACGUAUAACAUCGUAGAUUCAAUAUUGUUCUGUUUAAUAAACUUCUCUUACUUUGUUAUAUUAGUUAAUACCAAUAUAAUUUUAUUUGUGUUUCGAUUAAUUUAGUUCUUGCACUUGAGAGUAUUUUGUGUUUUUUUGAAAUUUGUGAAAGCAUCGAGUGCAUGCGAGUGGCAAAUCCUGUUGCACCUUCACUAGUGGUGAAUCAUGAUGGCUACUGAAAAUGCACAUCGCUCUUUGAGAGUGAUAAAAAUGCUGGUAACAUGAAAAUCUAUCAAGAAAUGUUAGAAUAAUCGAAAGCACUAACCACACUUCAUAGAAGUUUUAUUUUUGUGAUACAAUUAAAAUACUAAUUAUAAGAUGAAUUUUAAAAUUAUAUCCCUACUUUUAACAUGGAACUUCAUCCUUAUAACUGCUAAAAGAGAUUCCUUGGAAGACGACGAUUCUCGGGCCAGGGAAUUACGAAAUAAAGAAAAUAAUCGAAAUCGGACUACAUUUAAUGGAACCCUGACAGAUUUACCAGAAAGGAGAUAUUUGAGACAUAGAAACAGUUCAAGAAACCGUGGUGAUCGUCGACGCUUCUGGGAAAGGGAUCACGAAGUUAGACGCGACAGGAGAAGAGGCUCCGAAGCUCAUUCCUCAGAGGAAUUGUCAAACCGAACAGAUCCAUAUAAAAGAGAUGAAAAGCCUCGCAAAUCUGAUAAGCAUUGGAAUAAAAGUGACACCGAGAAAGUAAACGAUAGAAGGAAAACUGCUAAUCAGAAUAAAACACCCGAUAGAUCAUCAACAGUCCGAGAGAAUACAACUAGAUUUAAACCGAAGACUGCUAACAAAUGGCAAUCGGGCGGUUAUAUUCCGUAUCCUCAGCCGAGGGAGAAGAAACCCAAUAUAAUUUUGAUAUUAACAGAUGAUCAGGAUGUGGAGCUAGGGAGUUUAAACUUCAUGCCGCGGACAAUGAAGGCUAUUAGAAGUGCAGGAGCAGAGUUUCGUCAUGCCUAUACAACAACACCAAUGUGCUGUCCGUCUAGGAGCUCCCUCUUGACCGGUGUGUACGUUCACAAUCACAACGUAUACACCAACAACGACAACUGUUCGUCGCCGAUGUGGCAGGCCAAGCACGAGUCCAACACAUUCGCUACAUACUUGUCCAACGCUGGAUAUCGCACUGGUUAUUUCGGAAAAUACUUGAACAAAUACAACGGCUCGUACAUCCCCCCCGGGUGGCGCGAGUGGGGUGGUCUCAUCAUGAACUCUAAGUACUACAACUACAGUGUCAACAUGAAUGGGAAGAAGAUCAAACACGGUGAUGAUUAUCACAGGGAUUACUAUCCGGAUUUGAUCGCCAACGAUUCUAUAGCCUUCCUCCGGGCUUCUAAGCGAAGGUUUUCAAGGAAACCUGUUCUGUUGGUGAUGUCCUUCCCUGCUCCACACGGACCCGAGGAUUCGGCACCACAGUACUCUCAUCUCUUCUUUAAUGUCACUACACAUCACACUCCAACUUACGAUAUGGCGCCCAACCCGGAUAAGCAGUGGAUCCUUCGUGUUACUGAGAAGAUGAAACCCAUCCACCGCCAAUUCACGGACUUGUUAAUGACAAAAAGGUUGCAGACCUUGCAGAGUGUAGACAUGGCUGUUGAACGAGUGUACCAGGAGCUCAAAGCGUUAGGGGAGUUAGAUAACACUUAUCUAGUCUAUACAUCGGAUCACGGAUACCAUCUGGGCCAAUUUGGACUGGUUAAAGGCAAAAGCUUUCCCUUCGAGUUCGAUAUACGAGUUCCGUUUCUUGUUCGCGGUCCUGGAGUUGAGCCGGGCACUGUCGUUGAUGAUAUAGUGCUGAAUAUCGACUUAGCACCGACGUUCUUAGACAUGGGUGGAGUAGCGUCCCCUGCUCAUAUGGACGGGCGAUCGCUACUGCCAUUGUUGCAGCCGCGACGACGAAGGGCUGCGAAUGCGCACUGGCCUGACACAUUUCUUGUUGAAAGUUCCGGUCGACGUGAAACCCAAGCACAUUUAAUGGAAGAACGUCUAAGAGCUCAAAAAUAUAGUCGAGAAAUGAACGAGAAGAAAGCAACUACGGCACCAUCUUUAGAUUUGUCAUCAGAAAGUGGUGAUUUCGAUGAUGAAACAGAAGACGACUUUCUAGAGCUUGAUGAUGACGAUGAUAAUGAAGAUAUUGAAAGUGUUGAAGAUCACUUUGAAUCAAAAAAAUUAUCAGAGCCGCUCCAAUCAAAUGAAAGUCAAUCUACUAACCUUGAAGCAAGUAUGGAAAAGGCUCUAGACGCAGAAGAGGCGGGAACAAACAAUCAACUAAACCCUUAUUUAACUCCUUCAGAACUUGAAAGCAACGGAAAAGCCGCACGUUUAGCAGUCGAAUGUUCCAAAGCCGAGUUGCGUGCUCCAUGCUCCGUUGGACGGAAAUGGAAAUGCGUUCUGGUGAACGGGCGAUGGCGCAAACACAAGUGUAAAUAUGAGCCGGAUAUUAGCGUCCCUCAACCAAAAAUGAGUACGAAGAAAUGCGCUUGCUUCACACCAAGCGGACUCGUUUAUACUAGAUUGGAAACCGAUGGCACCAUUGCUAGACGGCCUGCCGAAUUACUCAAAGAGAAUAAUAAUACUAGGAGUCGUCGAUCAAUCAAUGAUGUUUUUGAACCCAACACUGUAGAUGGAAUUUUAGAAGAAAAUCCAAGUAUAGGACAUUUAAGUUUUAAAAAUGAACCUGUGGAUGAAUUGGAAAAGAUAGUUAUUGAAAAUAACGUUGAUAAACUGAUUAAGGAAACUGAAGCAUUUAUUGAAGCCUAUGAACGUACCAAAGAUAAGAUAGAUCAUAAGAGAAUUAAACGGCGCGCACAACAUUGGAAUCAUCUCAAACAUAAACAAAGAAAUGAUCCAAUGUUGAAUAACGACGAAUCAUCAUUAGAAUGUAAGAUUGAUCAAAAUGGAACUGUUAAUUGUUCGCAAGUAAUUUAUAAUGAUUUAAAGGCAUGGCAUACAAAUCGUUUGAGCUUAGAAGACCAAAUAAGACAACUGAGAACAAAACUAGAAGACUUGAAAGAAAUUAAGAGGCAUUUAAAAAUUAGUAAACCUGCAAUUGAAAUACAAACUUUAAACCCAACAUUUAUUAUCAAUAGCAUAGAUAACAAGACCGUAAUUCAUAGUAAUCAUACAAAAGACAACGUCAGAAAAAACCGUAUUCACAGAAUUAGAUCAAAACACAGAAACAUUACUUCCUUUGAUAAAAAGUUUAGACAGUCAAAUGAAUACAUUAUACCUACUGUUAAUGCUAACACCAAAGAUGAUAUUUUCAAUACACAAUUAAAGAACGAAACAACUACUGAAACAAUUGUGCAAUUUGUUAACAUUUCAUUCGAUCAGACAGAAACAGUAUCCAAUCAAACUAACGUUCUAGAGGAGCUACCAAAGCUUUCGAUAGCAACUGUUACGACCGAGGCAAACUUUAUUGAACAAAAUACGAUAGACUAUAAAGAUACGCAUACCGGUUUAACAGAUUCCAAUAACGACAUAAGCACAACAGAAUUCUUAAAAUCAACUGAAAGUACCAGUACCAAACAUCCCACAUUUAAAGAAAGUCCUACAAGUAAUACAAAAACAACAGCAUCUGAUAUUUUGUCCACUUUACAUUUCUAUACAUCAGCAGUAGAUGAUAUUAUAUCAAGUCAUAAAUUGAAUCCUACACCAUCACCACAUCACCGUGUUAUUAGACCAAAACAGCCAGUAAGACAUAAAUCUACUGCCGGUACAUUAGGCCCAACAAGAUUCGAUGCUUCAGAAUAUGAACAAAUAAAUCCAAACAAAGGGAACGCAAACAAUAAUGGCAUAUUUAGUAAACCAUUCGAUAUAUUCCAAAGAAGACUUCAUCCUUUAUUUAUAGAAAAUGAAGAUAAACAUGUUUGUUAUUGUGAAGAAAACCGCAAAAUAAAACCAUCAACUAACACUUAUUUGGAAGCCGCCCAAAGAUUGAGAGACGAGCGACGAAAGUUAAAAGAACAAAGAUUGAGGAAGAAAUUGAGAAAAGCGAAAAAGAAAGCUGAAUUGGAAAGGCUGUGUGAAUCGGAACGCAUGAACUGUUUCCGCCAUGACAACGACCACUGGCGCACUGCGCCGCUAUGGACUGCCGGCCCCUUCUGCUUCUGUAUGAGCUCCUCCAACAACACGUACAACUGCGUGAGAACUAUCAACGCCACUCACAAUCUAUUGUAUUGCGAGUUUGUCACUGGAUUAAUCACGUAUUACAAUUUACGUAUUGAUCCAUUCGAAACACAAAACAGAGUGAAACACCUGACAGCCGCAGAAAGAGAGUACUUCCACAACCAGCUGCAUCAAUUGUUGAAUUGUCGCGGACCAUCUUGCAGGCGAUUCUCUCAUUCUAAUUUAGGUGUUAGCAAUGAAGAUGUAAGCAGACGAUAUGAAAAUGAUCAUAUAAUGUAUAGGGGCGAACCUGGAUACAGUGAAAGAGCCUGGCGAUGGAGUGGUUACGGUCGUCGCUAUGCAAGAGCGAGGGAGUUACACCGACGUCGACACACAAUGGCGUUCUAGUCGAUUUAAAUUAAUUAUUAUAGAGUUUAAAGUAUCGUGAGCUGUACUCUGAAUAGUUAUAACUGGACCAGUCUGUAGGAACGGACUAUUUUAGUUGUGGUCAACGGAACUAUUGGAAAACUCCUGAGUCUUCGACUGCGCGGUGCAGUGACGUCAUACCAUAGUCUGUAACACGUAGAGGAGUCAGUCAUGUGGUUUACGUUAUAGCUUAAUAUCCAGUAUGUGCCUACAUAGUUUCUUUGUGUAGGUACAUAUAUAUGAAACCUGACCUGAAAACCACAAGUGGUUUUAAAAGUAGCUGACGUAUUAUAAAGCCGGCAUGAAAUACAGAUAGAUCUAGUAUAAUAACUUAAAUUAAACGAUUUAGUAAAACUGUAUGUAAAAACAAACUGUAUGUAAAAGUUGAGAAGCAAAGAAUACUGGCAAAUAUCUCAAAGAAUUUAUGUUUUUUUUGUAAAGAAUUAAUGGUAAAAUUAUGAUUUCUUUAUUUGAAUCAAGCCCAAAGCAUAAUGAAUUUAUGAGGGACUAUAAAAAAAAAUAUUUUUAAGUAGAAAUAACAUACAUUUAUGUAAUUUAUGAUUGGUUCGCAAUUUACCUAGUCGACGUUUCAUGAUAAAUUGUUAUUAUUUAUUUAUUUUGGGGAUGACAGAUCCCCUGGCUAGGGCCUUAAAAAAAUUAAAUUACAUCGAAUCUUGUAGGGCUUCCUAUAUAAUCGAACAUCGUCAGUACAUAUUUAUAUUAUAUACAUUUAAUAACUAAAUAGCUUUACCUAUACUAUAUAGAUAAAACUUAACAGGUGACUAUGUUAUUCGCUUAAGAAUAAUGAAUAUUUAUAAUACAGAUGCGUUAUGUAUCAGAUAAAGAUUUUUAUAUUUUUUUCUUCUUGUAGACUGUGUAUUCUCAAAACUAUUAGCCUUACAAGUAGCUAUAUCUCUAAAGAAGUCUUCCUUACUUUAAGAGAUAUCUUUAAACAAUUAUUGUAUAAAUAAAGUUGGUAGACAAUGAUGCUAAUUUAUUUGUAGUGUACAAAUUUCUAAACUAAAUUGAUUCUAAACAGUCAAAUCAAACAGUUGCAUAAAACUAUCCUUUUUAGAAUGUGUUCUAUGAACAAGGAUAAAAAUAAGCAGCCGUAUUUAUAAACAUAGAUUAGGAUUUAAGCCUCGCAAUUUCUUCAAAGUAAGGUGUACUUUAAACAGUAGUGAUUAGAUCCAUUUUACUUCGAAGAAAAUUGAGGUUUAAAUUCUUAUCCAUGUUUAUGAAUGUGGGGCUAUGAGAUUUGUACACAGCCAAAUAAGAGCCAAUACCAAUUAUUAUUAUAUAAACUUUUGCGUCGCUACCGUAAAGUAUUAUUUAUGUAAAAUAAUCUUUAAUAUUUCUAUAACUUAUUCCCAACAAUAGGGGCGAAAAUAAUCCUGUGAUUUUUUUUAACUUUGACCUUUUCUAGAAAGGACCCUCAGUGUGAAUGAAUAAAAUGAAAUCAUUUUUCACUGUUCAAAUUUAAUUUAAUAUGAAAUGCCUUUUACAUCAUGAUAAGUAUUAUGUGUUGAAAACAAGUUUGAAGUAUGUUUAAAAUAUUAGCGGUUGAAAAGUGAUAUUAAGUUGUUGCCAUGUGAUGAAUAAGAAUGUUUAACCUUAGAUUAUUAUACAGUUGAAAUCUGAGCUUUGCGUUUUUUCAACAAAUCCUAAAGUUUAAAAUACAAGUAUUUAUGUACAAUCUUUAAAAGACUUCUGGAAAGAAAAAGUGUUAAGUGUGAUCACACCCAUGUGGGUUGAAAAUGUUUGACACUGUAAGCAUCACUAUUAGAUUUUAAUACUAACUGCUGCAACCUACCAAUACUCACUUAGUCACACAUUAUAAUAUGGAUAUAUGAUAAAAUAAAUACUUGUUCUAUAUGGAUGGUCCCAUAAAGGCAAAGCCCCGCACCCCUGUAUCUUGCAUGGACUAAAUACCAGUUCCAAACUGCCAUUAUCCAGCAGCUCUCUGUGCUUGAUGCCGCUGUACACCUAAUGGAAGGUCAAACAAAUACUCCACUUUCCCGUAUGGGUCGCCAUGUCCAAUGUACAUCGGCUCUUUCGAACUAUUUGAUAUUACUACAUCAUUAAAUCAACUACACAAACGCAAAGCUCAGUAUGUUUUGUAAGGAAAAUAAUAUCUACCUAUUUAUCAAUUUCUUAUAAUAUGUCAACAUAUUAUUUUUCUUAGAGAAUCAAUCAGUAGGUGUUGUUAAUGAUGACCAGAUAGAAUGUCUCUGAACAUUUUAGUAUCCUACGUAAAUAGUGAGAAACGUCCAAACGUCUAGUCCAUUUUGAAGUUGUGAUUUGAGCUAAACUGGAUCUGGUAUCAUAACCCUGUUGGGACUAGAAGUUUGGUGUUUGGUGUCUUCUGACAUUCUGACCUAGCCAAGUAUGGGUAAUCUAAGGUGUUAUUAUAGAAUAAUGCUAUUUGCCAACCAUGAGUAUCUUAGACAUUAAUGUGCAGCAUUAGAAUUUUGUGAAAUAUCCUGUGUAUCGGAUUUAUUAAUAAAAAAUUUUGAUAAACCCAA